UGCAGCGUCGUGAUCGAUUUGGACGCACGCAGCGGUCGCGGCAGCAUCCGGGUCGUUGUGACCGUCCAAAGAACAAACGCAUACACGUCGACAAGCCGCAGCCAUGGCCCGGGCGCGCUGGCCCGGCGAAUCCCUCGGCGUGGCGCGCCCGCCGCCGCUCGUCGACCGCCUGCUGCGCGCCGACAGCAUUUGCUUUUUGCUCUGUGUGUGCAUGACGCUCGGCAGCACGCUCGCGACGCUCUACUGGCUCUUCUCGCCCAGUACGACGGCAUGAGAUACUUGCUGCUCGUGGCGGCGGCCGUGGCCAUCCCCUUACCUGAAAAAGAGGCCGACGCCUUCGUGAGCGCGACCUUCGAGGGCGUCGCCGUCGCCGUGCCCCGCUUCGCCGACCUGGGAGCGUCAUCCUCAUAUGCUGCGUUUCUGGCUUCUCUAGGUAUCGGCGGCGUCGCGGCGUUCAGGGGCGAGUACAGGAGAGCGGUGCAGAACUGCGCUCAGCAGCCCAUCGCCCAGGAAUUGGAACAAGUCGCCGCGAAGACUGACACGUUGCAUGCGGCCGUCGCCGUCCGCGUCUCUGAUAGGAGUUUGUUGGUCGAGUGGCGCGGCGCCGAGAGCGCGGAAGAGGCCUCGGAACGACUCGUCGAGGAGGCCUCUUUGAUCUUAGAUAUCAACGCUAGUCGCGUUUCAUUGGCUGAAGGCGUUGCCGCGCAACUGCGGGUCCGCGCGGGGCAGCGAUCCCUACAAAGCGAAGCUUUUGGUGUGCUGAGGACGCUGCCCGGCUCCGAACGUUCCGUAUCUCUCAUGACAAUUGAGGCACCAGUCACGUCAUUAUUCCAUGGGGUGUACCGGACCGCGCUAGAAAGAAAUGAACUGCCGACCUUCGUGCUGAAUCUGGCGUCGUCGUUCGGGAGGAGGCAGCACGUCCGCGCUCAAUUGCAACGGGCAUCACUAUUGGACCAAGCCAGGUGGAUUUCUGGUGUUGAUGGGUCCUUGUUAUCCCCGCGAGUGACGCGAGCAACCCUCAGAGAAGGUUCCGUGCUCAGCCAGGGCGAGGUAGGGAUCUGGCUCAGUCAUUUAACGGCGUGGCACGACAUUGUCGAAGGGGGGCUGCCCUACGCUCUCGUGCUUGAAGACGACGUCGUGUUAUCAGAGGAUAUCAAAAGUAUUCUGAGAAAUGUGCUCAUAGCGCUAGAUGGGGAAGAAUGGGACCUGGUGGCGCUGGACGUGGGCGUGCCGGGGCACGCGCACGUCGGCGUCGAGACGACGCGACCGUUCAUCUCCGAAAGAUGUGUUGCUGCUGCGCGCGAGUUGUAUGAGAAAGGUGAGGUCGUCUCAAAACUGCACGGCGGCUGCGCCCACGCAUCCAUCGGCGGCGCCUUGAUCUCCUGGGCGGGUGCGCAGAAAUUAACACAAAGUGCCCUUCCGGUCGCGCGGCCCGUCGACACGUACGUCGAGCGCCUGGUGCGCGACGGCGCGCUUAACGCGUGGGCGGCGCUACCGGCCGUGGCCCACGUCGACGGGCGCAACACGUCGGAUUCCGUGCGGCGCUACCUGCGCGUCGAGGGCCAGCAUGUGCACUACACGUUCCGCGCGGACGACGCGUCGCUCCCCACCUGCUUCGACACGCCGUGCCAGAUCACGGUGGCCGUGGAGUAA